AUGUUUAUAAAUUUAAUACGAGGAAGUGAAAGUAAACUCCAUUCGUGUGCAUUUCGUUCGCUUCACUUCCUCACCAGUAGAAAUGGGUUCGAAAGGACAGCCACAAACGCGCUGCAAAGUGUUAGAAAACGAUCGUGCAUCGGUAGUACCCGGUACGGUGCCGGCAGGUUUCGUAAUCAACAGCUGAUAGCCGGCGAUCUAUGGCUGAGACCAUCGGGCUGCCGCUAUGCAAGCGGUGGUAAAAUAGAACCAGACAAACAUGAGAGCUCCGAAAAGCUGGAUGAUCCGGUUACGAAACAGAAACUGCGAUCGUCCGAUGUGAAGCGUUUGCUGGGGUUUGCGAAAUCUGAGCAAUGGAACAUAACAGGUGGCAUUGGAUGUUUGAUAAUUUCGUCCGCAAUCACAAUGGCGGUCCCGUUCGGGUUAGGGAAAAUCCUGGACAUCAUCUACGCCAGCUCAGCCGAAACCGGUAUGGCAAAGGAAAAGCUGGACCAGUUCUGUCUGCUUCUUGGUGGCAUCUUUUUGCUCGGUGGAUUAGCAAACUUCGGUCGAGUUUAUCUGUUUAGUAAUGCCUCCCUACGCAUAACGAAAAACAUCCGUGCCAAGGUGUACAGUUCCAUGCUGAAUCAGGAGGCCGGUUGGUUCGAUCGGAAAGGCACUGGUGAGCUGGUGAAUCGGCUUUCCUCCGACACGUACCUGGUGGGUAAUUCGCUCAGCAUGAACCUGUCCGAUGGGUUACGCUCGUCGGCAAUGAUUUUGGCCGGCACCGGAAUGAUGAUUUACACCUCGCCCCAUCUUGCAUUGGUGGGCAUGUGUAUCGUGCCUUGUGUCGCCGGUGGUGCCGUUGUUUAUGGACGCUAUGUGCGUAACAUUACGCGCGAGCUGAUGGACAAGUACGCGGACAUUAUGAAGAUUGGCGAGGAGCGUUUGGGUAAUGUAAAGACGGUGAAAGUGUUCUGCAAGGAACGGUUCGAGAAGCAGCUGUUUUCCGAACAACUGCUGGACGCUCUUAACAUUGGAUAUCGGGAGACAAAAGCGCGUGCGACGUUUUAUGGAAUGACGGGACUCUCGGGGAACAUUAUCAUCUUAUCGGUACUUUACUACGGUGGUACGAUGGUAAACAACUCGGAAAUGACAAUAGGCGCAUUGACGUCAUUUAUCCUGUAUGCCGGUUACACUGCCAUCUCGAUAGGAGGGUUAAGCAAUUUCUACACCGAACUGAAUAAGGGCGUCGGUUCGGCAAGCAGAUUGUGGGAAAUUAUCGACAGGAAGUACACUAUUCCGAUCGAAGGAGGCAUCGAAGUGACUAAACCACCAGACGGUCAGAUACAGUUCCGAGAUGUAGUUUUCCAUUAUCCAUCCCGACCGGAUGCACCCAUCCUGAACGGUGUAAACUUGACCAUCGAACCGGGCACUUCAACGGCAGUUGUAGGACGCAGUGGAUCCGGCAAGUCUACUAUCGCUUCAUUAAUGUUAAGGCUUUAUGAUCCACAAAAAGGGUCAGUGCGGUUGGAUGGUACCGAUCUGCGUGAUCUUAACCCAUCCUCACUACGACGUCAUAUUGGUGCAGUAAAUCAGGAACCGGUAUUAUUCAGCGGCAGCAUUCGGGAAAACAUUCUGUACGGUUUGAAUAUGGGUGAAAAAAUCUCCGAAAGUAGCUUCCAGCGCGUUGUGCGGGAAGCGCACGUAGACGAGUUUGUACGCAACUUUCCGGACGGUCUCAAUACGCUCGUCGGACAGCGCGGUGUCAUGCUGAGCGGUGGCCAGAAGCAACGGGUAGCCAUCGCACGUGCAAUCAUUCGGAACCCAAAAAUACUCAUUCUUGAUGAAGCGACCAGCGCACUGGACGCGGUUUCGGAAGAAUUGAUACAAAACGCGCUGGAAAAGCUUACCAAAAACCGUACCGUACUAACGAUCGCACAUCGGCUCAGUACGAUCCGCAAUGCGACCAACAUUGCGGUGCUGCAGGACGGCCAAAUCGUUGAGCACGGUAACUACGCGGACCUGAUCGCAACCGACGGUGGUAUCUUUAGGGAACUGGUGCAAAGGCAAACGUUUAGCUCCACUGCCGUUAGUUAG